AUGAUGUACGGAUCGGAGACUUGGGCAGCACUAUCAACGGUUAUGGAGAGGCUUGACUGCGCGGAACGAAAGCUGCUUAGACGGCUACAUGGCUACUUUUGGCCUAGGGUACGCCACAAUGAAGAUCUUUACGCAGAAAUAGAUGUGGUGUACCAGCGGAUGACACGUGGAAGACAUCAACAUCUUGCACCACCAUCGAAAGUGGCUAAAGUAAAUCGUCUUCGCUUCUUUAGUCAUAUAUUAAAGAGACCGGCAGAUCGCCUUGUUUAA